AUGGAUUCCACCACUGCCAACACACCCAAACAUGAUGUUGCGUUGCUCCUUGCAAAGGCAAAGCUUGUCGGCAGUCUGACUACCGGACAAUCAAAGAGAUCUACCCUCGACUCAUCCGAUAUCAACAACUUCCACAAUCUGCUUCAGUCCGCCCUGAACGACACUACCCGUAACACCAAAGAGUUCAAAAAGAGUAUUGCCUGGAUUGUCUGUCAUGUUACCAAAUCUCGCCGAAGGGUUGCUGCUUUUGGAGACUACUCACUGAAGCUGCUUCUUUCUCUGCUGCCGCCUGACCAUACAUCACACCCGGACAAGUCUGCACUAGCCCAAGCUCAUCUUGCCUUCAGUCUGCUUCAUUUGAUAGACGCCAUCUUCUUUCGCAUUCGCGAGAAUCCAGGUCGCCUACUUCGCAAGCCACUUGAGACCUACACGACUUUUGUCAAAGCCAUCGAGCCCACGGUAGUCCACCUUGUCCAACUCACUGCUGUAAGCCGCAAUCAUGGAGCUCUCAUUCUCCACCAGGAUCUAGCGUGCUUGCUACAACACUGGUCUCAGGAACGCCUAUUUACCAAUCGCAUACGUCUGCAUCUUCGUAGUGUCGCACGAAAGGCCUACGGCCAAUGGUUAGACUGGUUACAAACGACCAAUCCCUCGUACUACGACGAACUGCUUACGAGCAUCAAUUCCGACAGUAUCCAAGAUGAUAUCCCAAGCACCCACGGCUUGCCAGAGGAUGCGUGGUAUGAUCUUCCCGUUGGAACCAUGAUGCGUGCAAUGGAGACAACAAGACCCGGCAACCCCAUGAAAACCACGCACAUAAGAGCUUUCGACAUGCCUGUCGGCUCAGUCGAUCCUGACAUGAUGGAGACAGUGCUGGAACAUAUCGAGGAGUGUAAAGACAUAAACGCUGUACCCAACGUGGCCACGACGGUGGAUGAGAAUGAGUUUGCCCUCAAUGGCCUAGGUCUCCGACUACGCAGGGACCCAACCGACAAAGAAGAUAGACCAAAGUACAAGGUGGUCGAAGGAUACUAUGGCUUCAGUGUGCCGUUCAUGAAAAUCUUUCAGACCAUAGAGCAGAGCCUCUCCGCUGGCCCAGAGCGGCCACAAAACUGGAUUCCCCCACCUCCCCCCGAGCUGGUCCAACCUCCCCCCUUCCACACAGGAUUUCAUCCAAAUCUGCCCCUGCCACCGAGAGACGCACCACACAUGGGUGGAGGUAAUUCCAGACAGAACGACUAUGGUCGUGGCAACAACGCAGGCUGGCGGGGUGAGGAAAUACAUGGUGGUAGGGGAGGAGCAAAUUGGCGCGGACGGGGUCGGGGUUGGGAUCGUGGUGGUAACGGCUACCGACCGUACUGA